AUGCUCGAUGCCUCACGAGCAGAAAAUGCUGGAAAGCAAUAUGCAAUCAAACACGAUGCCAAUGGAAACACUCAUGUUUCUGAUCUAACUAUUGUGGAUGUUCAAAGUAGCAAGGAGGCCAUCAAUAAGAGUUUAUCAUCAUUAAGCGACGUUAUAUUUGCUUUGGCCAUGAAGGAAGAACAUGUGCCUUACAGAAACUCCAAGCUAACCUAUUUUCUCCAGCCUUGCUUAGGUGGAGACUCAAAGACUUUGAUGUUCGUUAAUGUUUCUCCGGAUCCUUCAUCAGGAUCCUUCAUCAGAGGGUGA